UUAGUGAUUAAGAUAUACAUACAAAAUCACCAAAACCAAACCCAGUUAUAGAAAAAGAAAAUGCUUCUCCGAAUUUUUCUUACACAAUUUAAAAAUUUAUCCUGAAAUUACGAAAUUAAAAGUUUACGAAAUACAUUUAAAAUUGUAAAUUAAGUGUAAGAUUUAACUAAAAGUUAAAAGAUUUCAUGUGUCUCUGAAUAAUGCUUUAGAUUUCUUAAAUGUGUAGCUCGUACAAAUAAUAAUAUGCAAAAAUAACUAUGCGCAGGAUGAAUAAAACGCAUAAUAUCCUUCGAAAGCAAAUGUUAUUGACGGUUGAGAGGGCGUGGUAGAUAACAACAGUAUUAUAUAUACAUAUUGUUCAUAGUAUGUAUGUAUGAACAGAAUGAGUUCUGUAUCAGCGCAUGCAAAUAUGACACAUUAUGUUGCUGAUAUGAUUAAGUUCCUUCAACAUAUAACAUAGAAACUGCUCAAAUGGAUAUAAUGAAAGCCAAGCCAAUAAUAAUAUUAAUAAUGCGUGCGGUUUAAAUCAAGUACAUUUAAAAUAAAAGAAAAAACCAACGUACGUACAUAUUACAAUUAUACAAAAACAUAAUCGAACUAUCUGCGAACCAGUUUGCAAUUACAUCUCGGAGUGUGGAUAUUGAAUCGUUCUUAGUUGAAGAACGAUUUAAGUGGAGAUGCAUUUUAUUCUUAGUUGUUUGCUAAUAGCAACUUUGUGCGAUAAAUAUGGAUCAAGAUCGAGCUUUUCUCAAAUCGAGGCAGCCAAUGUUUGGGGAUCUAUGCAAAAUGAAGCAUUUAAAAAUAACAAUAACUUGACUGAUGCCAACAAUGUGACAAUAGCAAACCCAAAGAAUCUAAGUACUACCACCAUUACAAAUGUAGCCCAAUUUGAUACGCAAUUAAAUCAUCUCUUGGUUGAUACUAUCACUGGACGCGUCUUUGUUGGUGGAGUAAACAGACUUUAUCAAUUAUCGCCAGAUCUGGAGCUCUCGGAAACAGUAAAGACGGGGCCACAAAAUGAUUCUGUGGAGUGCAGUAUCCUCGACUGUCCUUUAAAUGCCGUGCGCAGCCCAACGGAUAAUUAUAAUAAGGUUUUGUUAAUUGAUCGGGCAACAUCGCGACUCAUCGCCUGUGGUUCAUUAUUCCAAGGUACCUGCACCGUUCGUAACCUACAAAAUGUAAGCAUUGUGGAGCAUGAAGUGCCUGAUGCAGUAGUAGCUAAUGAUGCCAAUUCGUCGACUGUGGCUUUUAUAGCCCCGGGACCGCCGCAGCAUCCUGUAACAAAUGUAAUGUAUGUUGGUGUUACCUAUACAAAUAAUUCUCCAUAUCGAAGCGAAAUUCCAGCUGUGGCAUCAAGAUCUUUGGAAAAAACUAAGAUGUUUCAAAUAGCUUCUUCGGCGGUUACUACUGGGACACGAACGUUUAUAAAUUCUUAUGCUCGAGAAACAUAUUUUGUAAAUUAUGUUUAUGGCUUUAGUUCGGAAAGAUUUUCAUACUUUCUAACCACACAGCUAAAGCAUAGUCAUCACUCUUCCCCAAAGGAAUAUAUAACAAAAUUGGUGCGAAUAUGUCAGGAGGAUUCAAAUUAUUAUUCUUACACUGAGAUCCCAGUGGAGUGUAUUAGCGAGGCGCAAGGUGGCACCAAAUUUAAUCUGGUUCAAGCUGGUUUCCUAGGAAAACCCAGUUCGGAUUUAGCUCAAAGUUUGGGAAUUUCUAUACAAGAUGAUGUUUUGUUUGCGGUGUUCUCUAAGGGCGACGGCAAUACACCCACGAAUAAUUCAGCUUUGUGCAUAUACUCACUGAAAUCCAUACGUCGGAAAUUUAUGCAAAAUAUUAAAUCCUGUUUCAAUGGUAGUGGAAUGAGGGGACUGGACUUUAUAUCACCAAGUAUGCCAUGCGUUUUAACAAAACUUCAGACAAUUGGCGAAGAUUUUUGUGGACUUGAUGUGAAUUCACCUUUGGGUGGCGAAAAUCCUAUAACUUCCGUUCCAGUAGCCAUGUUUAACACAAGACUUACCUCAGUUGCAGCCACGAGCACCAGUGGCUACACUGUGGUCUUUGUUGGCACAGCCUUGGGUUACUUGAAAAAAGUUGUGGUUGAGUCAUCUUCUGUUGCGAAUGAAUAUGCCAAUUUUGCUGUACAUAAAGGCUCUACCAUAAACCAGGAUAUGCAGUUUGAUAACCAAAAUCUCUACAUAUACGUGAUGUCCGAAAAUAUGGUGUCAAAGGUGAAGGUCUUUGAUUGUUCUGACUACAAAACGUGCGGCGAUUGUUUAGGAGCUCGAGACCCCUAUUGUGGCUGGUGUUCGCUUGAGAACAAGUGUAGUCCCCGCUCCAACUGUCAGGACGAUGCCAACGAUCCUUUAUAUUGGGUCAGCUAUAAAACGGGGAAAUGUACGACCAUUACGAGCGUUGUACCACAUCAGUUGCAACGAACCACUGCUCGCACUUUAGAGUUAAUCAUAGAUCAUUUGCCGCAAUUAAAGGAGAAUUUAAUUUGUGCUUUUACCACCGAUGAUAAGGCCUUGUUUACAAAUGCCACGAAAAAAAGAAAUGGCGUUAAUUGCACAACACCGCGAACCGAUAUGCUCCCUCAGAUUGAGCAAGGCAAACAUCAUUUCACAGCAAAAUUAUCGGUGCGAACUAGGAACGGCCCGGACUUGGUAUCCACGGAUUUCACAUUUUUUGAUUGCAGCACACACUCAUCGUGUACAAGAUGUGUUUCCUCAGAAUUUCCCUGCGAUUGGUGUGUUGAGGCUCAUCGGUGCACUCAUGACACAGCAGAGAAUUGUCGCAAUGAUAUUUUGGUCACAGGUGUCAGCCGUAUCGGGCCAAGUUACCGAUCAGGUCCUGGAUUUUGUCCCACUAUUAAUGCCACGGGGGAUGGCAGUGAGGUUCUCGUAGCUGGCGGUACUAGUAAAUCGAUAAAGGUUAAAGUCCACAUAAUAGGACAGUUUAUCGUUCAAACUAGAUUUGUUUGCCAGUUUAACAUUGAAGGACGCGUAACAAGCUUGAAUGCCCAAUUGUUGGGCGAUACCAUUUAUUGUGAUAGCAUGGAGUUCCAGUAUACUUCACGAUCGCCUAACUUGACUGCUACAUUUGCUGUUAUAUGGGGGGGUUCGAAACCCCUGGAUAAUCCACACAAUAUACAUGUGGUCAUUUAUCGUUGUCGCGAAAUGGCAGAUAGCUGUGGGAUUUGCUUGGCAUUGUCCGAUAAGUACAAUUGCGGAUGGUGUUCCUCGACAAACACCUGUGAGGUCGAAGAACAAUGUAAUAAUAAGAACAAGGAGGGCAAAACGGAUUGGUUGAACCGCAGUGAGAUCUGUCCAAAUCCGGAGAUACAGGCAUUCGAGCCCAAAACUGGACCCUGGGAAGGAGGGACCAACAUAACGAUACGUGGCAUUAAUUUAGGAAAAAACUAUAAUGACAUAUACUCCGGAGUGCGUAUUGCCGGCAUUAAUUGUAUGCCAUUUCCUCAGUUUUAUAUUGAUACUAAACAAAUUGUAUGUACAGUGGAUAGUCCUGGUGAGCAAAUGUAUCGAAAUGGCCGAAUUGUCGUACAAAUUGGCGACUAUCGUGGCGAAUCAAAUGAUGAUUACGAGUUUGUCGAUCCCAAAAUCCUAGAUUUUUAUCCAAAAUUUGGACCGACUUCCGGUGGCACAGAGAUACAUAUUACCGGCAAACAUUUAAAUGCGGGAUCUCGUAUACAAGCCUCUAUUAAUGAUCACUUGCCUUGCAAAAUACUAAGCACUGAUUCAUCCCAAGCCAUAUGCCGUACAUCACCUUCCCCUGGCAUAAUUGAGGGAAGAUUAAAGAUGUCGUUUGAUAACGGACCAAGGGAAUUCAAUGACUACAACUUUAAAUAUGUCCUUGAUCCCACUGUAGAGCAUGUGAGCUCGGGUCCUAGUGGUCAAAUUAAGGUGCCAAAGGGUAUACCGGCUGGAGGAAUACGAAUUUCCGUGGUUGGCACGCAAUUCACAAGCAUACAAACGCCAAAUAUUUACGUGGUUUACAACGAUGUUAUGUACGCCAAUCAGUGUCGCGUUCAAUCCGACACCGAAAUGGAGUGUGCUUCACCCAUAAUUGACGUAGACAAUAGAUUAAUUAUUGAUGCGGAAAAGCCAUUGCUUUUGGAGUAUGGCUUUCUCAUGGACAAUGUUUUGCGUGUUCAAAAUCUAUCAAAAACUCACAACAACCACUUCGAACUCUAUCCAAAUCCCGAAUAUUUCGUUUUUGAAGAGAGAGUCAAGUACUUUAAGAGCGAAUACCUGACUAUAAAUGGAAGAAAUUUGGAUCGGGCAUGUAAAGAGAGCGACGUAGAAGUGAGAAUUGGAAAUGGUUUCUGCAACAUUACGUCGCUUUCUAGGCAACAGCUUACGUGCAGACCGCCUCCUGAAGCCACGGCAACGAAGAGUAUUAACGGGCCCGAGGUAAUUGUUCGCAUUGGAAGUUCUCUGGAAUAUCGACUUGGAAUACUGAGUUACGAGUCCUCAAACAUCAUUUUGGACUGGGGAGACAACGUUGUAUUCGCAGUAAUUGCCACAAUUGUGAUAAUAUUACUGUUUUUUGUUGCCACGCUUGUUGCAUAUAAAAAGAAGAGCUCUGAAUCGAACCGGGUGUUGCGAAAUAUGCAGGAACAAAUGGAUAUACUGGAGUUGCGAGUGGCUGCAGAGUGUAAGGAAGCCUUUGCUGAACUUCAAACGGAAAUGACUGACUUAACGGGAGAUUUAACAUCUGGCGGUAUUCCCUUCCUCGAUUAUCGCUCAUAUGCCAUGAAAAUACUGUUUCCCAAUCAUGAAGAUCACAUAGUCUUGCAAUGGGAACGACCGGAGCUUCUACGCAAAGAAAAGGGUUUGCGUAUUUUCGGUCAAUUAAUUAUGAAUAAAACGUUUCUCCUGCUCUUUAUUCGAACCCUAGAAUCGAAUCGCUACUUUUCCAUGCGCGAGCGCGUAAAUGUAGCCUCGCUAAUUAUGGUCACAUUACAAUCGAAACUGGAAUAUUGCACGGACAUCCUUAAGACCUUGCUCGGAGAUUUAAUUGAAAAGUGCAUCGAGGGAAAGAGUCAUCCAAAGCUGUUGCUGCGACGUACGGAAAGUGUAGCUGAAAAAAUGUUGAGUGCUUGGUUUACUUUUCUUCUCUAUAAGUUCUUAAAGGAGUGUGCAGGAGAGCCUCUAUAUAUGCUAUUUCGUGCUGUUAAGGGACAAGUCGACAAGGGCCCCGUUGACGCCUGCACCCACGAAGCCAGAUACUCUCUUAGCGAGGAGAAACUAAUAAGGCAAAGCAUUGAUUUCCGGCCAAUGAACGUGUAUGCCAGCAUUAUUCAACAGCCAAUAUUUUGCAAUAAUUUGGACAUGUUGCCAUCUCAUACGGAAAAUAUAUCUGUUAAAGUCUUGGACUGCGAUACAAUUGGACAGGUUAAGGAAAAAUGUUUGGAAACUAUAUAUAAAAAUAUACCAUCUAGCCAAAGACCGAGGAAAGAUGAUUUAGAUUUGGAAUGGCGUACUGGUGCAACAGGCCGUGUUAUAUUAUACGACGAAGACGUCACGUCGAAAACGGAGAGUGAAUGGAAGAAGUUGAACACUUUGCAGCACUAUAAUGUCCCUGAUGGUGCUGGCCUGAGUUUAGUGCCAAAGCAAAGUUCCAUUUACAACUUUAGUAUUUUAUCGGACAAAAACGAGAAAUCACACAAGUACGAAACACUUAAUAUAUCGAAAUACACCUCCUCCUCUCCGACCUUUAGCCGCGCCGGCAGCCCCUUAAAUAAUGAUUUGCAUGAUAACGGUAUGCGAUACUGGCAUUUGGUGAAGCACCAUGAUAGUGAUAUGCAGAAGGAAGGUGAACGUGUCAAUAAAUUGGUAUCGGAAAUAUACCUUACCCGACUAUUGGCAACUAAGGGCACACUGCAGAAAUUCGUCGAUGAUCUCUUUGAGACUAUAUUCAGCACUGCACAUCGUGGAUCGGCAUUGCCAUUGGCCAUAAAAUACAUGUUUGACUUUCUAGAUGAUCAAGCCCAGUUGCACGGUAUCACAGAUCCUGAGGUCGUUCAUACCUGGAAAAGUAAUAGUUUGCCAUUAAGAUUUUGGGUAAACUUAAUAAAGAAUCCUAACUUUGUCUUCGACAUACAUAAAUCGAAUAUCGUGGACUCCUGCCUUUCAGUUGUUGCUCAAACAUUUAUGGACUCUUGUUCAACUUCUGAUCAUCGUUUGGGCAAAGACUCUCCCAGUUCGAAGCUUUUAUAUGCUAAAGAUAUACCCGAAUAUCGAAAAUGGGUUGAUCGGUAUUAUCGCGACAUUCGAGAUAUGUCGCCAAUAUCAGAUCAGGACAUGAACGCUAUGCUUGCUGAAGAAUCAAGGUUGCACACCACAGAAUUUAAUACAAAUUGUGCUCUACAUGAGCUCUAUACAUACGCUGUUAAGUACAAUGAACAGUUGACAGUGACACUUGAAGAGGAUGAGUUUUCGCAAAAACAGCGUUUGGCAUUUAAAUUAGAGCAAGUUCACAACAUAAUGUCAGCCGAAUAAAAAAGAUUUUUGCACUAAAAAACUAAAACAAAAACAAAGAUGACUAACUAAUAAAAUAAGCAAAAUAAAGUGAGCUUAUGUAUUAAGCAUAUAAUCUAGUUGAUAAAAUCAUCAUGUUUCAAAAGUUGUUGUCAAUAAACCAAUACCACAUUAUUAUUAAUUUACGCUUUUGUUUACAACAUUCUUUUUUUUUGCAAAAGUAAACUUUUUUUUUUAAUUUUUGUGUUUUGUCAAAAAUAUAUAUACAAAAAUAAAAAUUAUAGUUAUAAUUCGAUAUUGUUAAUGGUUUAAGUAAAUAAUUUCUUACAUUUUGUGUCCCACUUUUGUUUGUUACGUUUACCUUUAUGUCUCAACAAUUUCUAACUAAAAAGGAUGUUUUUACAAAUCAUUUUAAUUCUGGAAUCUUUAUUUUUCUUUAACAUAUUUAAUUUGAUUAUAUUUGAUCGUACAAAUACAUCUUCAACUUCCUAAAUUUGUAAUUAGAAAGUGUUUCAAAAGUUCGAUCUCUCACAUGCCAAUAAUAUAUAUGUACUUGGCUAAACAUUGCAAACCAAUUGAUAUUUCCAAAUUUUUUUAAACUUGUAUAAAGACAACGUUUUUAAUAGCAGCGCAAUUUUUCAUUAAUAUAUAUGUAAAUGUCCUUGUUUCACAAACAACAACAACAACAACAAAAUUGAUAGAAUGUAAAUGUGUCGUAUAUUUGCUCAUCUAAUGCUUACUUAAAAUAUAAUAAUGGUAUUGUACGUAUAUGUAGAUUAAUAUUAAGUAAAAUAAUGUGAGAUGAAAUUUGUCAAGUUAAAAGUAAUUCAGCUUAAAAAACGACUGACUUUAAUUUAUAUAAUCUAUAAACACAAGGAAAAUUAUAUUAAUAGUUUCGUACCUAUGUUCAAAAGUAAAGUAAUUCUAUAUUUAUGUAUGUAUAACUUAUUCUUAUGUGCAGUUCAUAAUUGGUACUAAGUCACAUUCCUAAUGGCACUAUAUAUAUUUAUAUAUGAAGAAAAAAAAAGCAAAAGUUCUGUGAUUCUUUUUACUGUCGCGGAAUAAAAGCCUCUAAUAAAAUUGGAAUAUUGUGUAAAUUAAA